UGUCUUUAUCAGCAACAUGAAAAUGGACUAAUACACUCGGGAAGUUGGGUGGUGCCCAGGUCAGGGAGAAGGAAACCUGGGAUAAGAAAGGCUCUGAGAUGAGAUGCCUCUGUGCAGCCAUCCUAGAAACAAAACAGUCAGAAAAGAAGUCUUCAUGACUGCAGUCUGAGUUCUCGGCUCCACAGCCCAUUGUGACAUCACCCGGGGGCCCUGGAUCUGAGCCAGAGGCUGUCAGCCUCACUCCCUGAGCCCUGGCCUCUGUCACCCCCGGGCCCACAGCACAGCCUAGGGCCAUGCUCCUGUUCUCAGUGUUGCUGCUCCUGUCCCUGGUUACAGAAGCUCAACUCAGUCCGCGGACUCCUCUCCCAGAGGCUGAAGUGGCUCUCCUAGGUGGGGCUAGGGGCGCCCACCACCCUCAGCGCCCUCAUCCCCCCCGCCCAGUCAGUGAAUGUGGCGACAGAUCCAUUUUCGAGGGAAGAACUCGGUAUUCCAGAAUCACAGGGGGGAUGGAGGCGGAGGUGGGUGAGUUUCCGUGGCAGGUGAGUAUUCAGGCCAGAGGUGAACCUUUCUGUGGCGGCUCCAUCCUCAACAAGUGGUGGAUUCUCACUGCGGCUCACUGCUUAUAUUCCGAAGAGCUGUUUCCAGAAGAACUGAAUGUCGUGCUGGGGACCAACGACUUAACUAGCUCAUCCAUGGAAAUAAAGGAGGUCGCCAGCAUCAUUCUUCACAAGGACUUUAAGAGAGCCAACAUGGACAAUGACAUUGCCUUGCUGCUGCUGGCCUCGCCCAUCACACUCGAUGACCUGAAGGUGCCCAUCUGCCUCCCUACGCAGCACGGCCCCGCCACAUGGCACGAAUGCUGGGUGGCAGGUUGGGGCCAGACCAAUGCUGCUGACAAAAACUCUGUGAAAACGGAUCUGAUGAAAGCGCCGAUGGUCAUCAUGGACUGGGAGGAGUGUUCAAAGGCGUUUCCAAAACUCACCAAAAAUAUGCUGUGUGCCGGAUACAAUAAUGAGAGCUAUGACGCCUGCCAGCAAAGCUAUUUUCCCACUUUACAAAGAAUGAACACUGGAAGCUCUCAAACAAAGCCACCUGGGUCUCACACCUUUCAUCUGCAAAAUUGGUGCUUUGCUCUUUCUUCUACAUGGAGUCAUUUUUGAGGCAGAAAACAUACCCUUGGUCAUAGCCUUGAGUUGAAAAUCUUUGAGGGCAUUUUCUGUCCAAAUGACUGAAAAAAUCGACCAAAAACUCUUCGUUUUGAUGAUGCUCAUGCUUUGUGAUAGGAGUAGCCUCAAAUUAUUGCUAAAGGGUUCUCUUUUCUUGUCUAAUAAUGAAAAUCCAGGCAAUUACUAGCAAAGAGAACAAGUUGCCUUGGGAGGAGAAUUAGGCCUCAUCAUGAUUAUGACUACUGGUUUCAUUUCAUGGCGAGAGAGGGGCCCAGGAGUCUGCUUUGGUGUACCUUUGAAUGACGACUGAUUUAAUAAUGAUAUUUAUUUAACACUUUUUAUGUAUACUAUUAGGCACUGUAUGUAAAAUCUCACUUAAUCCUCAAUGUGGCCAAAUGAAGUAGGCCAGACUAUUUAUACCUAUUGACUGAUUAAGAAAAUGAGACAUAAAAGGUUUAGAUAGCUUGCCCAAGGGCGCACAGGAACUGGCAGUAGACUUUCUGCCUUCUGGGUCAUCCUCCAUGAAAUUGCUGAGAACCACCCAGGAAAGAGCAAGCCCUGGUGGCCAGCCAGGUUUGGGGCACGUGGUCUCCUAAGCUAGGGAACAGGGCUCCAAGGACUUCUUCUGCCUGCACUGCAUGGUCUUUGCUCCUGUAGCCACCCUCUAGACUUCCAGAUCCCCCAGCUGAGAUGCAUGCAUUUUCUAAAAUCAAUAUGGAUCACUGCUUCACCAAGAAAAUAACCCAACAAUUAUUUUGUAAAGGAUCCAAGGGUGAGACAAGUUUUAAUUAUAAUCCCUUUCACUCUGAAUACUCAGCCCCACCAACCUGCCCCUAUUGUUUGUCCUGAUGUCCUUCAUUUGUCUCACAGCCAUUAACAGAUGCCUCAUGAAAAGCCAUCCAUGGGCUUGGGGCUGGGAAUGGAGCAGUGAACAAAAAGGAACAGGCAUUGCUCUGUGGAGCAUAUACAGUAUGGGGAAGGCUGGCAUCUAUGAAAUCACUACACAAAUAUAUAUAAGUUGCAACUGCAAUAAACAUGAAUGCAAAUAAAAAAUUCUAAGCCCCACAACCAACUGAAUGGACCCCCUCCUUUUAGCCAAGGGCAUUCCAAAGUUAACCUGAAACACUAGUUCAGGGCAUGAUGGGAAGUGGGGAUCAGGCAUGCCUCAUUAUGCCCUCCUCCCUUUGGAAUUCAGGCACAGCUGGCCAGCAUUAACAUUAAAACAGAUGCAUUAGGACUGACAAAACUGACUCUUUGUAGUAAUAAGAUACCAACAUGACAGAUAGCAGGCCCUGAAAGAAAUUGAAGCUUUUUGCCCUAAAAUCUAUUUCUUUGAUAGAUUUUGAAAUGGUCUCACAAAGCUGUCUCUCGUGAGGCAAAUCUACAUUCUGUAAUUUUCUUUCCUUUCCAGAUCUUUCUCUGAUCCAGGAGAGAAUUAACUGAGAGUCUGGCCUCUUUCUAAGUCUGUUAAGAAACAUUUACAAUCUAUUCUCUCUGAAACCUGCUGCCUGGAGACUUCAUCUACAUAAUAAAAACCUUGGUCUCCACAAUCCCUCAUCAUAAUCCAGAUACUCCAUUCUAUUGAUUCCAGGUCUUUAGAUAACAAUUUAAUUCUUUCAACCAAUUGCCAAUUAGAAAAUCUUUGAAUAUAUACCUAUGACUUGGAAGCCCCAUGACCAACCAAUUUACAUAUUAUAUGUAUUGAUUGAUGUCUUCUGUCUCCCUAAAAUGUAUAAAACCAAGCUGUAGCCUGACCACCUUGGGCACAUGUUCUCAG